AUGGCGCAUAAAACGAAGCCACAAAAAGACCUCGGUCAAUACUUGUGGAAUUGUCUUCUUGGACUUGAUUUCCAACCCGGAAAGUAUAGCGGUUUACGACGCCUCAACCUGAGCCCAAAUAUGUUUGAUGAGCCAAACAACGAAGCCUUCUACGUUGUAAUGAGUUUCCUGUUGGAGAAACUAAAUCCAAUACGGUAUCAACAGACAUUCAGGUAUUGCUUGUCUCCGGAUGGUACAAUUGCAAAGACGGAGCACGCCGUGUUUCGCAAAGAGGCCGCCGCUUGGCUGCGAGAAAUUAUGGAGGAAACUGGAUAUGGUGGCUCCAAAAUCAUCGGGUCCUUGUUACUCACGCCCGGAGGCCCCAAAUUUCUGAACUUGAUGGUCCAUGUAGCUGCGCAUGUCAUCGCACAGGAAAUGAAAACGUUCACCACAGAUGAUAGCUGGGUGUCAGAAGUGGCCACCAAGCCGACGUCCUCCCACGACAUGGCGCUUAAAAGACUCCGUAUGGUCCGGAAAAGGUUUCUGAAGGCGGAGGAACGCCAGAAAAAUGUUCAAUUAGAGUGCCAGAAUGGAUCCCGGAGUAUCAUGAAGGCUAUACAAGACACCACAUCUCAGAGUCGGGAGUAUGACGAACUGCUCAAACAGCACCAUGCAAAGUCUGUGCUGGAGGAGUCUCCCCUCGAUGACAAAGCUGAAAAGGUUCGAUCCCUGUGGUCAGUCGUGGAUGUAAUGCUGUCAAAAACUGAUGGAGACAUUAAUAUUUUGGAAAGCGCACUGAAAGGAGAGGUGAACCAGUACGUACUGGACGGCACGGAGCGCCUCCUCCAAAUCCCCCGCAGCCUUCAGGAGAGGAUGGAGCGAUACCCGCAGAAGUUGAACUUGGGGAAAAUGUACGAGGACGGGCAGCUGAACCUACUCUGCUUCUUGGAGCUUUUGAAUCAAUCUCUGCGCCUCCUGAAGGCUGAGCAUGGCAAGUCUCUGCUCAGUCUUCCCCCGCUCAGCUGGCAGCACCUACAGGACAAACAGCAGGAGUUGGCUCGCCAGCAACAGCGACUCGAGCUCCUCAGACUGAAGAUUUCCAAAGAUGAAAUACCUGAGGUGAUGAGUGGCAUCAGAGAGCUGGAUGCAGAGUCCGACAAGAAGUGGUUGGACAUGAUGAAAAACAUGCCCGUGGGCUUGGUGCUCGAUGACGAUCCGGUGCAUAACUUUCUUUCACCGAUGUCUAUCCCGUCAUUGGAACCAAGCGGUGACGAUUGCGUCUUUUCGCUGUUUCCUGCUGUGCUUCCUGAAGAGAAAAAUCUCCAAGCACGUGAAGACAACUCUACAACAACUCACGUUUGGGUGCUUGACAUGCCGCCAUCACCUCACGAGACGCCGACUGUAGCGCCACAGGCUACUAAAGUGCCUCCAACCACAGCCAAGAAGAUAAUGGACCUGGAAUGUGAUCGUCUUGCUGAACUGGUGAUAGGCAAGACAUACAAGCCAGUGUCUUCACCACCAAAUCCCGCAAGCAGCUCUUCCGGACAGUCCAGGACGAAUGGCGAGACCUCUUGCUUUGCUACAAGGAACAUCCGAUACGGAGGAACCCGCAACCGAGAAGUAAACACUUAG